AUGAAGAUUCUUCGAUUUCUUCUUUUUUUAUUUUAUUUGAUCGAUCAGAAAAACUUUUAGGUCGGUGCCGUGCUGCUUGCUAUUGAAGAAACACGCAGACUGGCGAACACGCAAGGUGAAAUACGUGUAGGCCCAUCUCAUCAAGCCAAAUUACCACUUUUAAAAGUGUUUUCAUCAUCCUUAUCAAACAACAACAAUAAUACUAAUGAUGAUGUUUGUUCAUUACGUGAAGAAUUAUUAUGGAAAAAUACAACUAAUGAUCUUGAUUUAUCUGUCUAUUUACAAGCAGCACGAUCUAUUGCAGCAUUUGCUGGCAUGUGUGAUCGAGGUUUAGCUGAAGAUAUGUAUGAAGUAGCUCAACGAGAUGAUACAACAAUAAAUGCUUUAACUGUCUUACAUAAUCAUGAUUAUGAUUGUAAACGUGCUAUACAAACACUUGUUAAAUGUCCUAUACCGAAAGGCAUUGAUCGAAAAUGGUUAGAAGAUGAUCAAAAAAAAUUUAUUAAAGGUUUACGACAAUAUGGAAAGAAUUUUUUUCGUAUACGUAAAGAACUUUUACCACAUAAACAAACAUCUGAUCUUGUCGAAUUUUAUUAUUUAUGGAAAAAAACUCCACAAGCACAAUCAAGUCGUCCACGACGACGACAACGUCCAUGUUCAACAUUAGCUAAUCUUUCGACGACACCUACACCAACGAAACAACGUAAUACAAAAAAUAAUACAAAAGAUGAAUCCGAUGAUGAUAAUCAAACAACGACAGAUCUUGAUGAACAAACAUGUCGUCAUUGUCAAAUAAUAUCGAAAGAUUUACAAAUAAUUGGACGUGAUAAUCAAUUAGUAUGUUAUGAUUGUCGAAUCUAUUAUAAACGAUAUGGUGAAAUGCCCGUUGUAAAUCUUGAAAGUUCAUCACCAUAUUUAUUUAAACCAUUAAAUGAUACAAGUUCAAGUACGGGUAAACGAAAACGAACAAAAGCACCACAAUCACCAGAUGAAAAUAAUUCGUCAUUAACACGUUCAAGAAAGAAAACUCGUAUUAGUGAAAAAAUAACAUCAAUUAAACAAGAAAUUGAAGAAAGAGAAGAAAUUAUAAUAAAAAAAGAAGAACAAGAAAACGAAAAACCAUCAUCCUUAUCAUCAUCAUCGUCAUCGUCAUCAUCAUCAUCAUCAUCAUCAUCGUCAUCUGCGUCAACAAAUACUUCACUUCAUAUUAAAACAGAAGAUUUAAAUUCAACAAUUCUUACACCAACACCAUGUAAACAAGAAUUACAUUCUCCAACGACAACUAUUUCAAAUAAUAAUAAUACAUCAAAAAUUCCUAUUGAUCAAACAAAACAAAAUAGUACGAAUGUAUUAUUAUCUUCGCCAUCAUCAGCAUUUUCACGUACAUUAAAAAAAUCUUUAAUAUCAAAAGAUUCUGAUGAAUUUGAUUCAUCAUUAAAAUCAAAUACAAAUCUUAAUGGUAAUGUAAUACCAACAGUAUCAUUAAAAGAUAAUGAUCUAUCAAAUGAUGAUGGAAAUAUAUCAGAUAAUUCAACAAAUACUAAUCAAGAAGUCAUUUCUGAUGAAGGACCAACACCAUUAAUAUGUGAAAAAGAAUGUUAUAAUAAAUCUCAAGGGAUUAUUUUACUACAAGUUUAUGAUCGAUCAAUUUCACAAAAUUCUUGUGCACGAACGGAUAUUAUUCUCAAACGUGGUUCACGUACACAUAAAAAACAAACUGAGCAACAACAACAACAACCACAACGUCAACAACAAAAUGAUGCACCAUCAUCUACUACUACAAUUACGAGUAUUAAACAGGAAGAUAAAAGCUUAUCAAAAUCAUCGUUUUCUUUGGAUAAAGGACAAUCAAUUCAUCAUUCAUCUGGUCCACCACUAACGCCAUUUUCACAUCAUGAACAAUUAUUAAUGAAUCAUAAUAGUCCACUUUUUCAUCCAUUACCAUUACAUGCGAUGGGUGGUGGACCAAAGCCACAUUUAGGCUUUCAUUUACCAUUUGGUCCAUCACCACAUGAUAAUGCUGCAUUACGGCAUCUUGAUGCAUUAGGUUUACGUACGAUGAAUCCUUCAGCACCUAAUGCUGCUCAACUUUUUGCUGCUCAGUCAUCUUUCGCUAAUAGUAUUGGACGAGCAAAUCCUGCUGGUUUUGAUCCAGCGACAGCUGCUCUGUUAUUUGAUCCUCGUUAUCGCAGUAUGAUGUCAUCUUUUGGUAAUAUAUCACCUUCAUCACCAUCGAAUAAUUCAUCAUCAACAGCACCUAAUAAUGGAUCACAUAGUCAUGCUCAUGUUCACUCACAUUCACAUACACAUUUACAUUUGAAUAAUGGAAAUGAUUCACCAUCAUCAUCAAACAUUUCAAAUGGUCCAUCGCUACCUCCACCACCUCUACUACCAUUUGGAAAUCAAUUUUCAGGUUUGUCUCAUGGCAAUCCAUUGUUACAUCCCGGUGGACCAUUACCACCGUCAAGUCUUGAAGUAAUGCAUAAUUUAACACGUGAACGUGAAUUAAUGUCAUUAAUGAUGGCUAAUAAUAAUCGAUACGAUCCAAUGUCAUUAGCACUUGCAAAUUCAUUUCAGAUGCCACGUCUUGAUGAAAUUUCUCGAAUGAAUGCAAGAGAACGAUCUAUACGUGAACAUAAUGAAAAUGAACUUCGUCGAAUAAGUUUAGAUAUGGAAAGACAACAAUUUCGUUUUCCAUUUCAUCAUCAACCUGAUGAAUUACUCCGGCGCUAUUAA